AUGAGUGUACGUCGAUCGCCCCCGAGUACUGUGUCUCAAAAUAAAAUGAUAUCAACAGGAGGCAGCAGUAGCUCUCAACCAGAUUUAUCUAAACUUGGUACGGCUGAACGCGACAUAAAAAGCAUAUCCUUAAGAAAAAGAAAGACCCCGGAAAGUGACUUUACUUGCCAACUCAACGACUUUAAAUAUGAAAUUCUAGAUAUACUUAAGGAAUCUAGUAGAAUGCAAACUGAAAAUAUAAACACAAUAAGCGAGCACAUCUCAUCAAUCAAAGAACAACUGAAAGAUAUAAAAAUAACAACCGAACAUUUAGUGAAAGAGAACCAUAAUCUUAAAUCACAAAUCCAGACACUUACCAAUAUUGUGGAAAAAAACGAUGAAAUUAUAACAUCUCUUCAAGGAGAAGUGCAACAACUUAAAUCUAAAACCUCAGUAUCAACAUUGGAUAAUGCCUUACCUACCACAUGUGAUGAAAUGAUCAUUGAAAUCAACGAACGCACAGAGAGAAGUAAAAACAUAAUAAUAGUGGGAAUUCCGGAAAUGCACUUUGAUAACAUGGAAGAGAAAAGAGAAAAGGAUAGAUACGAAGUCGAUAAAAUUGUAAAAUCUAUUUUUCCAGAUUGUCCAAAACCAGAGAGAGUAAUGCGACUUGGUAAAUACGACAUAAACAAAAGGCGUUCACUUAAAAUUUGCUAUUCUAGUCCGGAAAUAGUGAAAAAUAUACUUCGAAAUAAACAUAAACUUAAAGAAGAUAGUAUCCGAAUUUAUUCUGACCAGACUCCAUUUCAGCAAAAGAUCAUGAUAAAUUUAAAAAAUGAGCUCAUAAAACGCUCAGCUGAAGGAGAAAAAGAUCUUAUGAUAAAAUAUGUAAAAGGGAUCCCUAAAAUUAUUAAACAAAAUUCAAAAAAC